AUGGCAGUGCGGCUGGCACGUUCCGUCUGCGAAGCUCUGCGAAAUUCCAUAGAACCCCUCAAGAACAUAUUCAUCUUUUCUGAUUCUCAAAUUGUUCUCAGCUGGAUUGAUAAAUCUUCAGUAAAGGACGACGUAGGGGUUCUAGUCCGCAACAGGAUAAAGGAAAUCCAAAAAAUCAUCCGAUCGAUAAACGAAGUCGGUGUCAAUGUUUUCUUUGGAUACGUUCACACCAAAAACAAUCCUGCAGAUGCAGGAACUAGAGGUCUCUCAAAAGAUGAAAUAGAUCGCCAUGAUUGGUGGACAGGGCCAAGUUUUCUUCAACAACCUAUUUCUUCUUGGGAGUCACCGUUAUUCCGCAUAUUUGAUCCUCUUGAACCCGUUCAGGAAACUGAAGAAUCUUUCGCCUUCUCCACGAUACACGUGGAAGUUGAAAAAGAUACUCAGUUCCCAUUAUUCCGAUACGCGACGCUCAUUAAAUCGCAACGGAUCAUUGCAUGGGUCCUGCGUUUCAUUCGUCGAUGCAUGAAUGGCCUACUUACAUUGAGAAUCGAAGCCAUAUCAAAACGCGUCCCUGAACUGCGUCAAACAACGACGUUUGGCCCGUUGACAGGACCAGAGAUUCAAUCUGCGAAACAGGCGCUGAUACGAAACCAUCAGUUAUCAGUGCUCUCCUGCGACUAUAUUAAAUCUAUGAGCAAAACUCUGAAAUUACUUCAAGACAGUGAUGGAAUUUGGCGUGCCAGAGGACGGCUAGGCAAGUCAUCAUUGGGCGACAGUGCGAAAUUUCCCAUCUUCAUUGCCCCAAAAAGCGAACUUGCCUCGAAAAUUAUCGACCACGCCCACGGCCUUGUACAAAUGUAUUGGGAGAGCGAAGCUUUCCUUUGA